AUUUUAUUCACACCAAUGAUAAAAAAAAAUUCAAAAAGUACGACGAAUACGAUUUCUCUAAAAGAAGGAUUGGAUUCUCAGAAAAAGAAAUUAAAAAAAUUAGAUAAAGGUUAUCUUUAUUAAAGUAAUAGUAUCAGAUUUCUUAAAAUCGCACAGAUUGGAUAUAUCAAUUAUUAAUAAUUUCGUGAAAGUUUAGGGAUCAUGGGAUUACCUAAUGCUGAAUUUUUGAGUCUGAGAUUAUUUCACGUGAUCGACAUAGAAGAUUCCAAUAAAGUAAUAAAAAUUCAAAAAUAAGAUAACAUUUGAAGAUUUCUUAAACUAUCUAAACAUACUUGUCAAUGGAAAUAAACAAUAAAAAGCAGAAAUGAGCUUUCGAUUUCUAGAUAUUACUGACACAGGAAGAAUUUUAUAAAAUGAUAUUGAGUAGUUAUGUGCUGAUAUUUUACUAUUUUGGCAUUAAAUUACAGGGUCAAAAGUAUUGCCGAAUCUCUCCAAAGUAGAAAUGCUAAUCAAAGCAUUGGGGAUGCAAUCGACAGGAGAAAUAAGUUUCUCAGCCUAUUUAGACGCAUAUGACAAUAUAUCUAAUGCAAUUGAUUGGUUCGAGUUUUUUAAUGAUACUAAAACUGAAAAGUAAUCAAUACACACACAAGAAAUUGACAAUAACAAAUUAUAAUAAUCUAUAGAUAAUUUAUAAGACGAAGUGUUGUCCUGUAUAAUUUAGUUAAAAAAUUCAAAAAGAGGAGGAGAAUCAAUAAUCUUUGAUGCAAACAUCAGUUAAAUUAAUUAAUUAGACAAUAAAAUAGACGGCCCCUUUUAUGUUAGCAUUUAGACUCCCAAAAGACCUGGCGAUGUUGAUCCCUCUUAAGAGAUAAGCGUAUAAUAUUAAGCAAAUUAACCUUAAUUCUCUUUGUUUUAAAAUGAAUCUAGGAAUCAUAAAAUUGCUAGUUUCGGAAAACAGGACAAACUAAUUGUUUUAGAACAGAAAAAAAUGAAAAAGCCAAUGAGUGAAGAUUUUAGAAGAGCGACGAUUGCAAAUAUCCCUAAAAAACACAAGGCAAUUUAUUUUGGACAUGAAAAUUGGAACUUAGUGAUAUCCAUGAUGAUAGGGAUGAGAGCAUGUGCUUAGGCUUUGUGUCCUUUGUCCAUUGAAUUGAAAGACAAAGAUUUUAAGAGCAAAUACAUAUAUAAUAUUUCGAAUUCAAAUAAUUAAAGUAUUUGUUACUAGUUUGUUGAUUAUGCAGGAUUGGUUUAUGAGAGAAUCAGACAAAUCUUUAAAAUUUCAUAGAAACAUUAUUUAACUUCGAUUGGUCCUGAAAAUCUAUUGGGGAAUUUGAUGAUUGGAAAACUAACUAGUUUGAGUGAGUUAAGUUCGACUGGAAAGAGUGGAAGCUUUUUCUAUUUUACUGAUAAUGGAGAUUUUAUGAUUAAAACAAUUUCAAAGAACGAAUUUAAAUUGCUCUCUAGAAUUAUCUCAUAAUAUUACCAAUAUAUUCGGGAUUAUGGUUCAACGUAUCUUUCCAAGAUAUUAGGUUAACAUGUUUUGAAGGCAUUUAAGGAUAAGACACUGAUUUCAAAGACCUAUAUAAUAGUUAUAGUUAAUAUAUUUUAAUCUCCGUUAUCUAUUGAUGUAAGAUAUGAUCUGAAGGGAUCCACUUAUGGUAGGAAAACCAAAAAGGCCAAUAAGAUCCCUGAUAAGAAUGUGGCGUUGAAGGAUCUGGACUUUUUAGAUGAUAAGAAGAAAAUAUUGUUGGAUGCUGGUAAUUAUUAAUAUAUUAUUAUAAUAAUUAGAAUUCACGAAAUCCUUAUUAUCUUAAUUUAAAAAUGAUGUACUAUUUUUAGAAUCUUGUUCGAUAAUUGAUUAUAGUCUUUUGAUUGGUAUACAUUCAAUACGACACGAUAGCAAUAUCAAAAAUCAAGUUGUGUCAAAAGAUCAAAAGGAAGUGUAUUUUAUUGGAAUAAUAGAUAUUCUAACAGAAUAUAAGUAUUUAAUUUUGUUCAUCUAAAAGUAUGCAAAAGCAAAUUGAAUAUUCAUUGAAACAUACAUUUGUUGAUUCAAACAUUUCAUGUGUUCCGCCUAGGGAAUAUGCUAUGAGAUUCCUUAAUUUUAUCAAAUAGAAUGUAUUUGUAUGA